AUGACUGCUCACAGCUAUAGUAUCUACAAUGCUAUCCAUACCGUGGCACAUGCCCUGCACUUAAUACAUGUGAUGAAUUCCAAACAACACACCUUGUCAAAAGAGAAGAAGCUUCUUGAUCAACAUUCAAGGCAGUUACAUCACUUUCUAAGAAAAGUUUCAUUUAACAGCAGUGCUGGAGAAAAUAUUUAUUUUGACCAAAAUGGUGAAAGAAUAGCUGCAUUUGAUAUUAUCAACUGGGUGACAUUUACAAACAAUUCUUUUCUUAGAGUCAAAGUUGGAAAGAUUGUUCCACAUGUGUCAUCAAAUACUUCAUUCACCAUUGACGAGAAUAAUAUUAUAUGGCCUAGCAAGUUCAAUCAGCUUUAUUGUAUCAUAGACAUCUAUGCCACCCAAAUCUUAAAUUAUGCCCUUCUAACUCCAAAUUUAUCAGUAACGUUCAUCCUUUUAUCCAAACCAAAUAGCAAGCUGCCACAUACAAAUUCAAAUCAGGCCUGUCCCAUUUCAAUAUGCAAUGACAACUGCUUUAAAGGUUUUAGUAAGAGAAAAAAGGAAGGCCUGCCAUUUUGCUGCUAUGAUUGCUUUCUUUGUCCAAAAGGGAAGAUUUCAAAUCAGAAGGACAUGGAUGAUUGCAUUCAGUGCCCAGAAGGACAAUUUCCAAAUCAUGGACAAGAUGGAUGUCUUCCGAAAGAAAUAAUCUAUUUGUCACACAAAGAAUCAUUAGGGAUUAGUUUGACCAUUCUUGCACUCUCACUUUUUUUAAUCACAGCAUUGGUGUUUGGACUUUUUAUAAAGUACCAAGACACUCCCAUUGUCAAAGCCAACAACAGGAAUCUCACUUAUACUCUCCUUGUUUCUCUCCUGCUCUCAUUCCUUUGUGCUUUACUGUUCAUUGGCCAGCCUGAGAAGGUGAUGUGUCUUAUUCGACAAAGUGCUUUUGGCAUCAUCUUUACAAUAGCUGUGUCAUGCGUCUUGGGUAAAACUGUAAUUGUGGUUCUAGCUUUUAAAGCCACCAAGCCUAAUUCCAAAAUAAGGAAGUGGGUGGGGAAACCUCUGGCCAACUCCAUUGUUUUUUCCUGCUCUUUUCUUCAAAUAAUUAUUUGUAUAACAUGGCUGGCUGUCGCUCCUCCAUUCCCAGAUCUUGACAUGCAUUCUUUGCCUGAAGAAAUUAUAUUAGAAUGUAAUGAAGGCUCAAAUAUCAUGUUUUACUGUGUCCUCAGCUUUAUGGGUUUCUUGGCUGUUGUGAGCUUCGUAAUAGCUUUUCUAGCCAGGACACUGCCUGAUACUUUUAAUGAAGCCAAGUUUAUCACCUUCAGCAUGCUAAUAUUCUGCGCUGUUUGGUUGUCUUUCUUCCCAGCUUAUUUAAGUACCAAGGGGAAAUAUAUGGUGGCUGUGGAGAUCUUCUCCAUCCUGGCCUCCAAUGCUGGCCUACUGAUUUGUAUUUUUCUUCCAAAAAUCUAUAUCAUUAUAGUGAAACCUGAAUUAAAUAAUAAGGAACUCUUCAGAAGAAAGCACUAA